AUGUCUGUCUACAAUAUCACCUCAGCACACCCAGCAGUCUUCCUGUUGAUGGGGAUACCAGGACUAGAGCACCUACAUGUCUGGAUCUCCAUCCCCUUCUGCUCUGCCUAUAUCCUGGCGCUGUUAGGCAACUGCACCCUCCUUUUUAUUAUCCAUGCUGAUGCAGCCCUCCAUGAACCCAUGUAUCUCUUUCUGGCUAUGUUAGCAGUCAUUGACCUGGUCCUUUCUUCUUCAACAGUGCCCAAAAUGCUUGGCAUUUUCUGGAUCAGAGACCGAGAGAUAAACUUCUAUGCCUGUCUGGUCCAGAUGUUCUUUCUCCACUCCUUCUCCAUCAUGGAGUCAGCAAUGCUGCUGGCCAUGGCCUUUGACCGAUAUGUGGCCAUCUGCAAGCCACUGCACUACACCACAGUCUUGACAGGGUCCCUUAUCACCAAGAUUGGCAUGGCUGCUGUGGCCCGGGCAGUGACACUAAUGACUCCGCUUCCCUUUCUGCUUAGACGCUUCCACUACUGUCGAGGUCCAGUGAUUGCUCACUGCUACUGUGAACACAUGGCGGUGGUAAGGUUGGCGUGUGGGGACACACGCUUCAAUAACAUCUAUGGCAUUGCUGUGGCCAUGUUUAUUGUGGUAUUGGAUCUUCUCUUUGUUAUUCUGUCUUAUAUUUUCAUUCUUCGGGCUGUUCUACAGCUUGCCUCUCAGGAAGCCCGCUACAAAGCAUUUGGGACAUGUGUGUCUCACAUAGGUGCUAUCUUAGCCUUCUACACACCUGUGGUCAUCUCCUCAGUCAUGCACCGUGUAGCUCGUCGUGCUGCCCCUCAUGUCCACAUUCUCCUUGCUAAUUUCUAUCUGCUCUUUCCACCCAUGGUCAAUCCUAUCAUCUAUGGUGUGAAGACCAAGCAGAUUCGUGAGAGAGUUUUGGGACUAUUUGUGAGAAAGAAGGUGUAA